GCCAGAGCACUGAGAGAUAUUAGCGCUGCAGAAACUGUUGCUGCACUACAAAUAACCAAUAAUAAUAUCAGGUAUUGAUGUAAUUGGAGUGAAUAAGGGAAUAUUCUUCCUAAACACAGACAUUGGAGGCUGUUAUCAGCAUGAACUCAUAUGUGUUAGACAAAGAUGUGAAAAGUUCAUCUGCAUUCUUCACUACAGGAAUCAUCAGAAUGAUACCACAGACUCCAACAUUUUUAGACACUAAUGACUAUUCACAAACAUUGGGGAAAUCACAGCAGAUAUUUAAAGAAGAUGGUGAAUUGUCAGGUACUGGACAGCAAUCAUUAUGUACAGAGAGUAAUUUAGUCAUCAAACAAGAGGACAACAUUUAUGCCUUAUCUAGUGAAAUGAUUAUCCCAGAGGAUAAACCACAAACAUUUACCAAGCUUUCAAAAAAAUUUAAAGAAGAGAAAAGUCUACAGUUUAACCAAAUGAUUCAUACAAAGGAGAAACCUUUCAAAUGUACAGAAUGUGAGAAAAGCUUUCGAUGUGAGUCUCGUCUCCUAAAACACCUCAAUAUUCACACAGGUGAGAAGCCAAACGCAUGUCCUGAGUGUGGAAAAAGUUUUACAAAAAAGAGUAGUCUGAAAAAACAUGAAAGGAUUCACACAGGAGAAAAGCCUUUCACAUGUACAGAGUGUGGAAAAAGUUUUACACAAAAGAUUAACCUGAAAAAGCAUGAAAGGAUUCACACAGGGGAAACCCCUUUCAUAUGUACAGAGUGUGGGAAAAGUUUUACACAAAUAGAUAAUCUGAAAUCUCAUGAAAGGAUUCACACAGGAGAAAAGCCUUUCACAUGUCCAGAGUGUGGAAAAUGUUUUACAAGAAAGAGUAGUCUGAAAAAACAUGAAAAGAAUCACACAGGAGAAAAGCCUUUCACAUGUACAGAGUGUGGAAAAAGAUUUACACAAAUAAAUAAUCUGAAAUCUCAUGAAAGAGUUCACACAGGAGAAAAGCCUUUCAAAUGUACAGAGUGUGGAAAAAGUUUUACACAAAAGCGUGAUCUAAAAACUCAUGAAAGGAUUCACAUUGGAGAAAAGCCAUUCACAUGUACAGAGUGUGGAAAAAGUUUUACACGAAUAAGUAGUCUGAAAUAUCAUGAAAGGAUUCACACAGGAGAAAAGCCUUUCACAUGUACAGAGUGUGGAAAAAGUUUUACACAUAAGAUUAAUCUGAAAAAGCAUGAAAGGAUUCACACAGGGGAAACCCCUUUCAUAUGUCCAGAGUGUGGAAAAUGUUUUACAAGAAAGAGUAGUCUGAAAAAACAUGAAAAGAAUCACACAGGAGAAAAGCCUUUCACAUGUACAGAGUGUGGAAAAAGUUUUACACAAAUAAAUAAUCUGAAAUCUCAUGAAAGAAUUCACACAGGAGAAAAGCCUUUCACAUGUCCAGAGUGUGGAAAAUGUUUUACACAAAAGAGUAGUCUGAAAAUUCAUGAAAGGAUUCACACAGGAGAAAAGCCUUUCACAUGUACAGAGUGUAGAAAAAGUUUUACACUAAAGAGUAGUCUGAAAGCUCAUGAAAGGAUCCACACAGGAGAAAAGCCUUUCACAUGUCCAGAGUGUGGAAAAUGUUUUACAGAAAAGCGUGAUCUAAAAACUCAUGAAAGGAUUCACACAGGAGAAAAGCCAUUCACAUGUACAGAGUGUGGAAAAAGUUUUACACGAAUAAGUAGUCUGAAAUAUCAUGAAAGGAGUCACACAGGAGAAAAGCCUUUCACAUGUCCAAAGUGUGGAAUUUUUUUUUACAAAAAAAGUAAUCUGAAAACUCAUAAAAGGAUUCACACAGGGGAAAAUCCUUUCACAUGUACAGAGUGUGGGAAAAGUUUUACACGAAUAGAUAAUCUGAAAAUUCAUGAGAGGAUUCAUACAGGAGAGAAACCUUUCACAUGUACAGAGUGUGGGAAAAGUUUUACACGAAUAGAUAAUCUGAAAAUUCAUGAGAGGAUUCAUACAGGAGAAAAGCCUUUCACAUGUACAAAGUGUGGGAAAUGUUUUACAGAUAAGGGUAAUCUGAGAAAACAUGAAAGGAUUCACAAGGGAAGAAACCUUUAACAUGUUUAGAAAGUGGAAAAACGAUUUUUAUUGAAGUCAGGUAUCACAAAACACCAAAUAUUUACACACAAAUACAUUUUAUAUACACAGUGUACAAAACUUUUUACAAUUAUCCUAAAGAGGAAAAACUCUCUAAUUAGAAGCAUCAAAAAGGAUACUAUUGUAUUGUAAAUAAUACUUUCUAAAUCCCAGUUAUAAAGUCCCCAGAUUGGAAAA